AUGAGGAGGUCAUUCCAUGUCACGAGCCGCGGGUGUUGGGGAUUACAGGACAGUUAUUUUUUCAUAUCUAGAUUCUUUGACACGCCUGAUCUAUUUCCAAGGGUAUUUCGUGGAGAUGUACCUAGAGCGUAUUCCACAAUCAGUAACUAUGAGGGCGGAAUUGAUAGACGUGUGGUAAAUGAUAACGAGAGAGUACGCGGCAAGAGGGGCUUUCACGAUUACUUUACCUCACAUCUGCCUGGGAGUUCGGUUUUUCCAGACUCUGUACCACCAAACAAACAGAUCUCUCCGGAAACACGUGCAACAACCGUGGUUCGCAUUCCCCUUAGAUCCGCAAAACAUCAUUUUGGUGUAACUCGCUCUCGAGGCAACCGUCCCUACAAUGAAGAUUGGUACCAGGCUGGUGUAGUUGAUAUCCCAACCUUUGCAGCACCAUCCCCGAUCAAACCCAAGGUCCCGCCACCACCAGGAGAUCCCUCGGUCUUUUAUUUUGGCGUCUUUGAUGGGCAUGGAGGUGAAGACUGUAGUAGAUUUUUGAAGGAAAAUUUACACACUUACAUAGAAGAGGGCGCAAAGAACUUUGGAUUAGGUAAACAGGAAGAACCAGAUGAAUGCGAAAAAAUAAGGCAUGAUACACAAGAAGAGCUAGUGGCACAAUGGAGAGAUACGGUUGGAGGGUACUUUAGACGGUUUAAGCCAGACUUUGGGCCAAUUGCGGACGUUGAAGGAGUUUUAAUGUAUGCUUUCCUCAGGGCAGAUAUGGAUUUCAUUACCAAAGUUGGGACGGGAGAGGAGGGAGAAUCUGCAUCGACUACUGUCGACAAUGGAAAUAAAACGAAAGCCAACCCAUUCAAAGGUGGAUCCACGGCUUCAAUUGCACUAAUUUCUACAGCAACUGCGACACCAUUCUGGAACCCAUCUACCUCAGCAACCCUCAUAACUGCUCAUCUUGGUGACACACGUAUUAUCCUUUGCUCGACCGAAACGGGCUUAGCAGUUCCCGUGACCACUAACCAUCAUCCAUCUUCGCCCGCCGAAACUCGGCGUCUUCGCCGUUAUGCAACUGCUUUCGUCUCGGACUCCUUCGGCGAAGAACGUUUCGGUGUUCUUGCUAAUACAAGGUCCUUCGGUGACGUUUCCCAAAAACGCCUCGGGGUUUCCGCGGAACCAGAGAUAACACGACGCGAGAUACACCCGGCCGAGUUCUCUUUUAUGGCUCUUGUUUCGGACGGUGUGAGCGCCACACUGACGGAUCAAGAGAUUUGUGACAUUGUAAAGGAAUGCAAAACGCCCGACGAGGCCAGUAAGGAAUUAGUAGAAUUUGCAGAGGAAGUGACAACUGAGGGUGACAAUGCCACUGCCGUUGUUGUCCGGUUAGGAGGCUGGGAAAAGAGGGGAGUAGGAGGAGAAGGCUACAUGGGAACCAAGGAUUUACGGGCGUGGAGGAGAGACGAGGCCCUAGUAGGGAGUAGGGGUAGGAGAAUGUGA